UCUCUCUCUCUUCAAAAACCUCCCUCCAUUGCCAAACAAGACAGCCCUCAUCUCUCUCUGAGAAGUUCAAUCUUCAGUUGGGUUUUCUCUCUCUCAGAAAUCCAAUCUUCAGUUUGUUUUUUGUCUCUCAGAAAUCCAAUCUUCGGUUGGGUUUUUUUCCCCCUCUCACCUAACCAGAGAUGCAUUCCAUAUGCUCUCUAAAAACCCACUAUUUCCCUCCAAAAUCCUCUCGAAUUCUUCUCUCAAUUCCUCUUCAGAACCCAUCUUCUCGUCUCUGUUCAUUUCCAAAACCUUCUAAAAACAAUGGAAGAACUCGCUGCGAGUUUGAACCAAAGAGCAGUUACAAUGGCGCACUUUCCGGUGAAACCGACCCUCGUUUCCUUGACCGUCAAAAAGCACUGGAAGCAGCAAUGAAUGAUAUAAAUAGUUCAUUUGGAAAAGGAAGUGUUACAAGAUUAGGAAGUGCUGGUGGAGCUUUGGUUGAAACUUUUCCAAGUGGCUGCUUAACGUUAGACUUUGCUCUAGGUGGGGGUCUUCCCAAAGGGAGAAUUGUUGAGAUCUUUGGUCCAGAGAGUAGUGGAAAGACAACCAUAGCACUACAUGCAAUUGCAGAAGUACAGAAACUAGGCGGCAAUGCCAUGCUUGUUGAUGCAGAGCAUGCUUUCGAUCCAUCUUAUUCCAGGGCCUUAGGAGUGGACAUAGAAAAUCUCAUUGUUUGCCAGCCUGAUAAUGGGGAGAUGGCGCUUGAAAUUGCGGAUCGUAUGUGCAGAUCUGGAGCAAUAGAUCUCAUUUGUGUUGAUUCGGUCUCAGCUCUCACACCACGGGCUGAAAUAGAAGGUGAGAUAGGAAUGCAGCAAAUGGGUCUGCAAGCACGCCUUAUGAGCCAAGCACUGCGUAAGAUGUCGGGCAAUGCCUCAAAAGCUGGUUGCACUCUCAUUUUCUUGAAUCAAAUCAGAUACAAGAUUGGUGUAUAUUAUGGGAAUCCUGAAGUCACCAGUGGAGGGAUUGCUCUGAAGUUCUUUGCAUCAGUUCGGCUUGAGAUACGUCCAACGGGGAAGAUAAAGUCUGCCAAGGGAGAUGAGGAUGUUGGAGUCAGGGUUCGUGUAAGAGUCCAGAAAAGCAAGGUUUCAAGGCCCUACAAACAAGCGGAGUUUGAGAUUAUAUUCGGGGAGGGAGUGGGUAAACUGGGCUGCAUUCUGGAUUGUGCUGAAAUGAUGGACGUUGUGCUAAAAAAGGGUUCUUGGUAUAGCUAUGGGGAUCACAGGUUGGGACAAGGCAGAGACAAAGCACUACAGUUCCUAAGAGAAAAUGAGCUUCUCUGCAAUGAAAUAGAAAAGGCAGUUCGAUCGAUGAUGACAGAAGGAACUGGUCAGACGAACACGGCAUCCUUCGGGCAGUUACUGCCAUGCCGAGAAGAAGAGAUAUUUGAUGAGACUUGAUCCGUCGGCACGAAUGCUGCUGCAUGUAACAUUUUCUUCAGUGGGUUCCAUGAAAUUAUAGAAAAAGCGAAAGAACAUAAAACAACGACGAAGAAGAUGUGAUCACAAUUGCCAUUUAUAUAUUACUACAAACAGGAAAUUUUGGCGACUGAGAUCGAGUUAAUGUUAUUUUCACAUUCAUAUAAUUCAUGAAAUGCAGUUUCUUACAAUCCUGAACGUUGAGUUAACGUCA